AUGUCAGUACUACAAACGGCAUCGUCAGCCAUAACGCCAUUUUUUACCUCGUUAGCUUCAGGAGAUGAUACCAUGUCAGGAGGGGGAACUGCACCAAAUUCAAGUGGCUCCACAACAUCGAUUUUAGGUGGAUUCAGUGGAAUAGGAAAUAUUAAUGUUAAGCCUUCACAGGUUAAUGAAAGUUGUUUAGAAUUCCUUUUUAUGGAAAUGGUAGAUUUAAUGUUUAGAACUACUGCUGAUUCGGAAAAUGAUAAGGAAGCUGUUUAUUAUAAAUUGGAGGUGCUGGGUUAUCAAGUUGGACAAAGUUUAGUUGAAAAGUUUACUAGAGACCGUCCUAGAUUUGUCGAUACUCUUGAUGUUGUAAAAUUCAUUUGUAAAGAUUUAUGGACUAUAAUUUUUAAAAAACAAAUUGAUAAUUUGAAAACUAACCAUAGGGGGGUUUAUGUACUUCAAGAUAAUAAUUUUAGAUGGUUUCUUAGAAUGUCAACUGAAGCUGGUGGUGAAUCUGCAGCCAAGAAAGCAAUUCCGUAUCUUUGGUUUCCUUGUGGAUUAAUUAGAGGAGCUCUUGCUAAUUUGGGAGUUGUUAGUGUGGUCAUUGCUGAAACAACUUCUUUACCGCAAUGUUCAUUUCAAAUCAAAAUUGCAAAAUCAUAG